CUCCCUCAAUUUUUAGUUUCCCCCCAAAACUAGCCUCAUCCCCCCAAAAGCUAAAGCUUCCUCUUUUCCGAUCUGAACAAAAAACCUGCUGCUAUAUCCUUGAGGAUUUCACCCAAUUCAGUCUAACCCUAUUAAUCUUCCUUACAUCCUGAGCCGCCGAGUAGUUGCUCGUAUAGUGGCAGCUCGCUUCUCCAGUCCGACCAUCCUCCUCCUCCUCCUGGCAAGUCCCGAGUUCAUUCGCCGUCGCCACGCAGUCGAUCUAGCCUCCAGCCUCGCGAAUUUCUAUCAUGACUCGUUCCAGGCUCUAGCCUCGCGAGUUCCAAUCGUUCCAGCCAGCAGUUCGUAUGUAUUCCCUGCUUGGGAGUCGGGAAAAGCACAGUCGGGCAUCUGUUUCACGCAAACGGCAAACUACCGCCGCAGCCCGCACUCCAGCAGCACGCAAUGACGCAAACGGCAUCACCGCAUCAGUAAUCGCCGAUUCGCCUGACUCUCGCCUUCUCUUCGCCGACUAGCCGGAGAUGCACGUCACGCACCCUGCUUUUCCUCAUUACUGAUGCAAACGGCAUCAGUAAAUCAGUAAUCGCCUUCUGCUUUUCCUCUCUUCAAGGUGGCUGUUCCUGCUUCAGCCUUCAAGGAGAGCCGCAGCCCGCAGAGCCGCAGAGAUUUUUGUUAAUUUCCAGGCAUAAGAAAAUCUUAUGCAGAGAUGCCUGACGAUUACACACAUACAUAGAAGAUCUGCACGAAGAACAAACAAAUAAUGGUGAGAGAGCACAACAUUGAAUCAUUUUACACCAGGUUGCGCAAUUCUGCUUUGGCCUCUGCUUCUUCAACCCCUCUAUUAGUGUUCCCCUCCACCUCAGAUGUUGAUUCACUUUGUGCUCUAAAAAUCAUAGGCCAUGUGCUUGAAUUAGAUUCAGUCAGAUAUGCUUGUUAUCCUGUGUCAAGUUUUAAAGAGAUCCAUAAGUACACUGGGAGUGAUCUGGGAGGUUCAACUUCAGCUGAACCAAUCACUAUAUUGUUGAUAAACUGGGGAUGCCAAAGGGAUCUCCGGAAGAUUUUGGACAUUGGUCCUUUGACUCGAGUCUUUGUUGUUGAUAGUCACAGGCCCAUCCAUUUGCACAAUUUAUGCAAUGAGAAUGACAGGGUAAUUAUUCUCUACACUAGGGAUGAUGAACAACAGACAGAUUUAUCUUAUGAUUUUGAUGUUUCAGCUUUGGCCAAUGCAAGUGAUUUGAACAGUGAUGAUGAAUUUGAAGAUGACUCUGAAAGUGAGAGUGAAGAAGAAGAUGAUGACGAAGAUGAUGAUGAUGUGGAAGGAACUCAGAAGAAGAAGAGGAGGGUUUCUGGAGAAAAAGAAGGGGGUGAUGAUCCUGUUAAGCUUUUCAAGAAACUGAAAAAAGAAUACUAUUACAUGGGCACGUUCCAUGGUAAACCAUCUGGAUGCUUAAUGUACGAACUCUCUCAUUUCUUAAGAAGAAACACAAACGAGAUGCUUUGGUUAGCAUGUGUUUCUUUGACUGAUCAGUUUGUUCAUGAGAGGCUUACGGAUGAGAGAUACCAAGCUGGCGUUAUGGAACUUGAGCAACAUGUCAACAGCUCCGGAAACUUAGACUCCUCUGUUACCUCUGUCACCUUAAAAGAUGGAACUAAGGUAUCAGCCCCAGAUUCGUCUAGAAUUUCAUAUGACGAUGAGCCAAGGCUAAUGUUGUUACAGGAGUGGAAUCUUUUUGACUCAAUGCUCUGUUCGUCCUACAUUGCUACCAAACUGAAGACUUGGAGUGACAAUGGUAUUAAAAAGAUGCAACUCCUUUUGGGGCGGAUGGGGUUCGCCCGUGACGAGUGUAAACAGAAAUUUGAGUAUAUGAGUGUGGAGAUCAAGAGGAGGAUGAAGGACAUGUUUGUCCAGUAUUUACCUGAAUUUGGACUAACUGACUUCUACUACCGUGGGUUUUUGUUAUUGCAUGGGUACAGUUCAAAACUCUCUGCUGCUGAUGUCGUCUACGGAGUCACUGCCCUUUUAGAAGGUUCCAGUGCUUCCAGACAGUUUGGGGAGGCUUACGACGCGCUUUCGGUAAAUAAUCUCGAUAAGCUGGAAAACGGGAUGAGGAAAGCGAUUAGGGUUCAAAGGGCGAUUCUUAGACAAGGAAGUGCAGCGAUAACCAAGAAAGGGUCCAUACGGAGUGGGAGUAAGUUCAGGUGGGUCAAACUUGAGGAUUCAGCAGACACAUCACUCUUAUGUCACCCUCAAGCGUUAACCAAAUUUGGGUAUUUCCUCAUGGACGCGUUGCGUGAGAAGGGAGCUAGGAUGAAGCCAUUGAUAUGUGUUUGUUACAAUCAAGAAAAGGAGAAGGUUUUGAUUGUAGCUGUGUGUGGUAAGCCGCGGCUUGGGGCAGUUCAAGGAAAUGGGUUCGGGAUUGCUUUUAGGGGUGCGGCAGAGGAGACAGGGGCCGAGUUCUUCCACGAACUGUUUGAGUCGUCGUGGAUAGUGUUGGAUGCAAUUGCAGUGAAUUCAUUUAUGAUCAGGCUUACAGAGAAGCUGUGGUGAUGGUUAUUAGAAAAACAGCCUUUGGAGUUUUAGGUUUCUUAUUGUGGUUGCAUCAGCUUGAAAGGUGAAUAAGAUGGAUGUGCAUGUCUGUAUGUUUUACUCUUAUAAUUAUCUUUAUUCUUAUUAUCUUGUUGUAGUGUACCGUUAGCCAAGAGUUUCUCAAUUUCAGUUCUAUAAGAUGUCGUGAUGAACUUUAACAUUAAUCAAUACACUUCAGAAUUCAGUGAAUAUGAGUUUUGAUUUCUUUUCUU